UGUCAGGAUCAGUCGACRAGGGGAAAUAGGAGGCUUUGUUUCUUUUUGUUGUCGGAGCUUGUUCUUAAGCUUCAAGAACAGACUCUUUAGCAAUUAAGGAUCGUGAUUGAAGCAUAAAAGGGGUUACCAUGGAAGAUGACAAGGCAGUUGCUCUCGAGGCAAUCAACAAAGAAGCUGUUGACUUGGAAAACAUACCAGUGGAAGAAGUUUUCGAAAAGUUAAAAUGCACAAAAGAAGGACUUAGUUCUGAUGAGGUUCAAAAGCGUUUGAAUAUGUUUGGCUACAAUAAGUUGGAAGAGAAAAAGGAGAAUAAAAUACUCAAGUUUUUGGGCUUCAUGUGGAAUCCUCUUUCUUGGGUGAUGGAAGCAGCAGCACUCAUGGCUAUCGCUAUGGCAAGAGGAGGGGACCAGCCUCCUGACUACCAUGAUUUUGGCGGCAUAUUGGUACUUCUGCUUAUUAACUCAACCAUAAGUUUCGUAGAGGAGAAUAAUGCCGGAAACGCAGCUUCAGCCCUCAUGGCUCGUUUGGCUCCAAAAGCUAAGAUUUUACGAGAUGGGAAAUGGAAAGAAGAGGAUGCAUGUGUGCUGGUACCUGGAGACAUCAUCAGUAUUAAGCUAGGAGACAUUAUUCCUGCUGAUGCACGUCUGCUUCAAGGAGAUCCUUUAAAGAUUGAUCAAUCGGCUCUUACAGGCGAAUCUCUACCGGUAUCCAAGAAUCCAGGUGAUGGGGUAUACUCAGGUUCGACAUGUAAACAAGGUGAAAUCGAGGCAGUUGUCAUUGCUACAGGAGUCCAUACCUUUUUUGGAAAGGCAGCUCAUCUUGUGGACAAUACUACACAUAUUGGGCACUUUCAGCAGGUUUUGACUGCAAUUGGGAACUUCUGCAUUUGCUCAAUCGCCAUAGGCAUGUUUAUUGAGUUGAUCGUCAUAUAUGCUCUUCAACAGAGGAGCUAUCGUCAAGGCAUUGAUAACCUUCUCGUGAUACUUAUUGGUGGUAUCCCAAUUGCAAUGCCAACAGUUCUAUCUGUCACAAUGGCAAUUGGUUCCCAUCGGUUAUCUCAACAGGGUGCCAUAACAAAGAGAAUGACAGCCAUCGAAGAGAUGGCGGGAAUGGAUGUGUUGUGUAGUGAUAAAACUGGCACCCUAACUCUCAACAAACUUUCGGUGGACAAAAAUUUGAUUGAGGUAUUUGCCACUGGUGUUGACAAAGACACAGUUGUUUUAAUGGCUGCUCGAGCAUCAAGAUUGGAAAACCAGGACGCCAUCGAUACUGCUAUAGUGUCAAUGCUGGCUGAUCCUAAGGAGGCACGAUAUGGAAUUACAGAAGUGCAUUUCCUUCCAUUUAAUCCCACUGAUAAGAGGACAGCUCUGACAUAUAUUGAUGGUGCCGGAAAGAUGCAUAGAGUGAGCAAAGGUGCACCAGAGCAGAUUUUGAAUCUGGCAAAGAACAAAUCUGAGAUUGAAAAUAGGGUACACACAGUUAUUGAUAAAUUUGCUGAACGUGGACUUCGAUCUCUUGGAGUAGCUCGCCAGGAAGUACCUGCAAAUAGCAAAGAUAGUCCUGGUGGUCCCUGGGAAUUUGUAGGUCUUCUUCCUCUUUUCGACCCACCUCGUCAUGACAGUGCUGAGACAAUUAGAAGAGCUUUAGACCUUGGAGUGAGUGUUAAGAUGAUCACGGGUGACCAAUUGGCCAUUGCUAAGGAGACCGGGAGACGGCUAGGAAUGGGAGUUAAUAUGUACCCUUCAUCAUCCUUGCUUGGUGGUCAUAAGGAUCAGCUAGUUGCAGCUCUACCAGUUGAUGAACUCAUUGAGAAAGCCGAUGGUUUUGCUGGUGUUUUUCCAGAGCACAAGUAUGAGAUUGUGAAGAUUCUGCAAAGUAAAAAGCACAUUUGUGGAAUGACUGGUGAUGGUGUGAAUGAUGCACCUGCAUUAAAGAUCGCCGACAUUGGAAUUGCUGUGGACGAUGCCACUGAUGCAGCUCGAAGUGCUUCUGACAUUGUUCUGACCGAACCCGGCCUCAGUGUCAUCAUUAGUGCAGUGUUAACAAGCCGUGCCAUCUUCCAGAGGAUGAAAAACUACACUAUAUACGCCGUUUCAAUCACUAUACGUAUUGUGUUGGGGUUUAUGUUGCUGACUGCCUUUUACGAAUUCAAUUUCCCUCCUCUUCUUGUUCUUGUCAUAGCUAUUCUGAAUGAUGGUACCAUCAUGACCAUUUCUAAAGAUAGAGUGAAGCCAUCUCCCAGCCCAGAUAGCUGGAAGCUCAGUGAAAUUUUCGCAACUGGAGUCGUUAUAGGCACUUACCUUGCGCUAAUGACCGUCAUCUUCUUCCAUUUGGCUAGUCGAACCAGUUUUUUUGCGAAUACCUUUCAUGUGGAUGACUUCAAUAAGCACGAAGGCCUUUUCACGGAAGACGUUUUGAACGCAAAGCUAGCAUCAGCCGUAUACCUUCAGGUCAGCACGAUCAGCCAGGCCUUAAUAUUUGUCACACGAUCAAGGGGUUGGUCUUUCAUGGAACGGCCAGGUCUUCUGUUGGUUGCUGCCUUCAUUCUAGCUCAACUGUUCGCCACCAUUAUGUCUGCAAAGUUGACAUGGGAUUUCGCUAAGAUUGGCGAGAUUGGCUGGGGUUGGACUGGCAUUGUAUGGUUGUAUAACAUCUUAAGCUACAUGCUGCUUGACCCUAUCAAAUUCGCGGUCAGAUAUGCACUUAGCGGGAGAGCAUGGGGACAUGUUAUCAACCGUAAGACGGCCUUCACCACGCAAAAGGACUUUGGUAGGGAAGCACGUGAAGCAGCAUGGGCAACCGAACAACGAACACUUCAUGGUCUUACAUCUGAAGCCAAGAUUUUUGCCGAAAACUACACAUUCAGAGACAUAAACAUGAUGGCAGAAGAAGCAAAGCGUCGUGCAGAGAUUGCAAGAUUAAGGGAAAUUCAUACUCUAAAGGGUAAAGUAGAGUCUUUCGCGAAGCUAAGAGGAUUAGAUAUCGAUGUCAACCCACAUUACACCGUCUGAUUAAUGGCCCGGCUGCAAAUUUAACUUCAUGGAAGUUAUUGUAAUUCUUCUGCUCGAAUUUGAUCGUGUGAAGCUCACUCGGAUGCACCAAAUCACUAAUAAAAAACAACUUUCUUUUUUCUUUUAUAAGACCACUUGUACUAUUGUUCUUGCUGCUAAAGAAUUAUGUUCUUUGUGUAAGAGUUAUGUAUCAUUUACGAAUGCAAGU